AUGAAGAAACCAGAAACUAACUCAGCUGAUGAUAUUCAGCCAGACACCAUGGCUGAUUUUGCCGUGGGAGAUGUCACACAUGAAGGGAAAAUGGCCCUCGAGCUGAAUCAUGGUGGUCGAGGUGCCACUCAACGUCGCUUGAGAAACUACCAAGUGACCAUGAUAGGAUUUUGCAGUGGAAUUGGCACUGGUUUAUUUAUUGGAACUGGCUCUGCAUAUACAAAGGCUGGACCGGCUGGGCUCUUCCUUUCUUAUUUCAUAGUAGGAAUGGUUUUAUGGUGUGUUAUGCAAAGUAUUGCUGAACUGGCAACUCUAUUCCCUACAGCCGGAUCUUUCCCUCACUGGGCUACUCGCUUCAUUGACCCAGCAGUGGGAUUCUCACUGGCAAUCUCAUAUGGUUAUUGCUUUACUAUCGCUAUAGCCACUGAAACUUCUGCUGCUGCAAUCAUCGUGUCCUUCUGGUCAGAUAUCUCGCCUGCUGUAGUUGUGACUGUCAGCCUUGUUUUGAUCCUUUCUAUCAAUUUGAUGAGUGUCCGCUUUUAUGGAGACUCAGAGGUCAUUGGAGGUGCUGUGAAAGUUACUUGUUUCAUUGGAUUAAUUUUCGUGUCUAUCGUCAUCACUGCUCGGGAUAAUAUAGGCUUUCGCUACUGGCAUGACCCCGGCGCAUGGACGAAUUACGAUGGCAUUACUGGGCCAAAGGGCCACUUUUUAGGUUUUUUAUCAUCCUUUGUUAAUGCUGCAUUUACCUAUAUUGGUAUCGAAACUGUUGUCAUUACUGCUGGCGAGUCGGUAAAUCCUCAUUAUGCAAUUCCCAAGGCAGCUCGCUAUAUCACUUACCGCAUCGCAUUCUUCUACAUCCUCGGGGCCUUUUUGAUCGGAUUAAUCGUCGAUCCCAGAAAUCCAGAUCUUACAGCUGGCUCCUACAAUGCAAAUGCGUCGCCAUUUGUUAUUGCUAUAAAGUCUGCCGGAAUCAAUAUCUUGCCAUCUAUUGUCAAUGCGUGUAUCUUGGUCUCCGCUUGGUCUGCGGGCAAUUCAUACUGCUGGGUCGGUUCUCGAAUGAUUCUAGCCAUGACUACAGACCGGCAUCUACCUCAGUUCUUUGGAAAGGUCACUAAGAAGGGAGUACCUUAUGUUGCUGUGAUUACGUCUUGGUUAUUCGGACCUCUAGCAUACCUGAGUGUCGGCACUGGAGGAGCAUCGCAAGCCUUUGCAUGGCUCCAAAGCCUGGGAACUAUGGCAGGAUUGAUAGCAUGGGCCAUUCUUUGUGUUUGCUAUAUUCGCUUCUACGCCGGGCUUAAAGCUCAAAACGUCAGCCGGGAUACUCUUCCUUGGAAAUCGCCAUUUCAACCGUAUAUAGCUUGGUUUGGCGCUAUCGGAGCCACUGUUAUUCUACUCAUUACCGGAUUCUCCGUCUUCAUUAAAGGUCACUGGUCUACGCAAACCUUCAUAUCUUCAUACAUUGGGAUUCCGAUUUUUGUUGUGCCUCUUAUUGCCUGGAAGGUAUGGCAUCGCACGAAAUUUGUUUCUGCCUCGGAAAUGGAUAUUUGGUCAGGACGCCUUUUGGAGGGGGAGAUCGAAAUACCCGUCGAUCCAAGCCAAGAAAAACGCACUUGGAAGCGCAUAUUGGACAUGAUUGUCUGA